ACCGUUUGUACAAACAUUGUAUGGAAGAGACACAGAAAUAUGAAACAACAACAGUACUGACUAAAACAUUACGAAUAAAGGAUGUUGAGGAGAAGAAGCAGCAGCAGCAGCGCGAAAGGCUUGACCAAGCGGAGGAGCAGCAGUGUGAGCUUCGACGAGUUCGGCUUUGCGUUCAGUAAGAAAAGAGAGAAGAAGCUGCAGCAUAGAUGCCAUGAUUACAGCUAUCCGCAGCCAAACGCCCUCAAAGUCAAGGAGCUGUGUGAAUUACUGAGCUACUGGAAUGGAUCCAGUUUCAUUUGCAGAAAUCAGAUUGAGCGGUUUAUCCGAAUUGGCAUCCCUCCAGCGCUGCGAGGGCGGGUGUGGAAGUGCCUGCUGGACGUUGACGCUGUCAGAGUGUCCAGUGACUUCAGCUAUCAGGCAUGUCUGAGUGAGAUCCGGAAGCCUCUGGUGGAUCUCGGAGUUAGCGAGUACAGCAUCAUCUCAGCCAUCACCACGCUGAGCGACAAAGAAAAUGACCUGGGCUUGGGCCAGACGCUGGAUACACACUCUGCAGCCUUCUCCAGUAUGGAUGUGGCUCUUUUCAGACAGAUCGCCCUGGACUUGCAGAGGUCUUUUCCAAUGCACCGCUCACUAAUGGGAGACAGUCCUGAAGCUAUUGAGGGUCAGGCCAAGCUUUUCAGAGUGCUCACAGCAUAUGCUAAAUAUAAUCCUCAAAUUGGGUACAGCCAAGGAAUGUCUUACAUUGCUGCGGUUUUUCUCAUGCUCCUGGGGGAGGAGGAAGCUUUUUGGGCUUUAGUGGUUCUACUUGAGAAACCCAAAUACCUGUCUGAACUGUUCGACUCCUCUGUCAAGAAGAUCCAGCAUCAGGCGCUGGUAUUUCAGCAGUUACUAAAGCACCGGAAGCCACAGCUUUUCCAACACCUGGAGAAACUGGGUGUAUCAUCUCUCCAUUUCGUCAUGCAGUGGUUCCUGACUCUCUUCACCGCUCUGCCCUGCUGGGACUCCGUUCUGGCUAUCUGGGAUCUCUUCUUGCUACAUGGUCUGUUGGCAGUGUUUCGUGCUGGACUGACCAUCCUGCAGCUGUUGGAGCCUCGUCUGAUGAAUAUGACGGAGGAGGCAGCGGUGCUGCCUGUGCUGCUGCGCGUGCCUGUGGAUGUCGCCCAGUACUCUGUCCUGAUUCCAGCCCUGUGGAGCACUGAGGUGCAGGAGUGGGAGAUCAGCUGCAUGAACAGUGUCAUACUGGAGGAGACUGCUGAGGGACAGAGCACAGAGAAAGCUAAGAGGGACAGUCCACUUCCUGCGAGCAGUGAUGAGCAGAAAGAAAAGAGACCAGCUGUGGAGCCACUUGAGCAGGACAGACCCUCAAAGAAAGAGGUUGAAGGGUCAGGAGGUAGGAAUUUGUUUGCACGGAUUCUGAAAGUAGCGCAGCGCUACCUAGCAGAUGCAGCUAAGCAGAACACAGCGGCCAAGGCCAAGGCUUCACCUCCUGCCAAAAGCAGCCCAGCUGUGUCCCGUCAACCUAAGAAGAGAACCUCAGUCUCCUUCACGCAGGCGCAGAGGAGGAGGAGCCAAAACAGGCAGUCGCAGAAUGCAGCUGUGGGCAUUGACGAAAAUAGACCAUUCCCCCGUCAGGAUACUGAUGGAGGCACAGCUGAGGACAGCUCCCAAGUGCCUUUGAGGAGGCUGAGGUCAGGGCCGGUGGGCAGAGUGGCCCGCAGACGCAGCGGUGCCCAGUCCAGUCGGGGUAGGUCCCUCCUGCUCCGGAGCGGCAGCGCCCAGUCCCAGAAACCCUCCGACGCAGCGCAAGCCCCAGUGCCUGCCCCAUCUUCGUCCCGGGACCCAAACCAGGCCUGUGUGGAGCCUCGGGAAUCCCCACAGAGGAACCUGUCUCCAGGCCGCCCACCUUUGGCUGAGAGGAGUGUCCUCAGUCCCUAUUCAGGCAGUGAGGUGCGGGAGUCCCAGCUGAUCUGA